AUGGAAGGUGCUGCACGUCAUGCUCAAAGGCUAGCUGGAAAUUUUCUUGAAGAUAUGGAAGCAAUACAAAAAGCUUCCCGGGCAAGAGAUAGGCGAGCGAUGAGUCACUUUGAAACUAAUUCUACUAGUUCAAGUGCCAUUUAUCCACCACCUAUGGAUUGGAUACGUCGACGACGCAGCCUAAGUGGAACACCAUUUAAAACUACUUGCUAUCCAAUGAUAUACUAUUCUUCUACAGCACUUCCCAGGAGGAGAUCAUUAUGCAUCCCACGUCAUCAAUAUUCACUUCAGCUCAACGAAAUGCAUAUCUUGAACCAGCGCGUGUCACAUUGUACAGCCAGUAGUGCCUAUCAAACCUCAGAGACAAACGAUUACUUCCAACCGCAAUAUAAUUUCACUCAAUCACAUCUAAAACCAGUGAUCUGGUAUAAUUAUGAUGUCAACACGCCGACAAAUAACGAAAUUCUGCCAACAUCAUAUUUACAUGCUAGUGCACCUCCGAGACAGCAUAUUCUAACUCCGAAAGCUCAAGCUUUUCUGAAGUAUCGUUCUCUUCAAAAUCUAAGUGCUCUAGGUGAUGAUGAAGAUAGUGUACCACGCAUUAUUCAUACAUCGUAUAGUCGUAAUUUUCCAAUGCAUACAAAUCGUCUGAGUUCAGUACCGCCGUCAUCAGUUGGCACCUACCGUUCAACAAUUACUACUUCAGACUAUGGUUUACCGCCAAUUGUUCACCGAAAUUAUAGUCGAACAAGUCGUCAUGUUUAUGAGACACCAUAUUACACAACACAAUAUAGUAAUCGUAUUUCGGAACCAGUGAAAACUACCUACUACAGUGUUGGGCCAAGAAGAUUUUCGUAUUACUAUCCACCAGUUGUGACUAGUCGACCACUUUCAAGUUCAGGUUCCUACAGUAAUUUGUCUAGUGAUAUGCAAGCUGAACGUAGACGAAUCGAACGUCGUAUGGACGAUUUACUGGAAUACAAAUUGCCCCCACCUGAAUACUACAGGGAAAUGCGGGGAUCCCUACGUGCAUUGAAUGACAAAUUAGACGCUCAUCGGAAAAUGCUCGAUCGUUAUUCCGGAAUCGAUAUGAAUACUUCAACUGCUUCAGUACAAGAUCGAAUUGAAUCAAAAUAUCAACAACUUGCAAGCAGAAUGGGCCGUCGAACCACGGCUAUGGGACGGGAUUAG